AUGGAGAAAUUACAACAGGUACUCGGCAGCAAGAAGGCCCUGUUCAGGGACGUUAAUCUGGUGUUUGCGAGCUUAUCAGAUGGCGAUGAACCCAAAUCCGAGGUCGACUCGAGUCACAAACGGCUGUUCUUUGUGCUGGACCAGGAACUUUGCCAUCUUUCGUCGAUUGCGAUCGACCUGGGUAUCCUCUACUUUUUCAAAGAUUUCGUGUCGGUCACACUCAUCCUCGAAUCAUUCCUAAAUGCCUACGAAUCAAUCGAUGUCCAGGAUGCGUACGAUACCAUGAUUUACUGCGGCGUGAAUCUUAUCAUUUGGCCAUGCCGUACUGAGUGGUCGAAAAGUCCAAGACUUAUGGAAUGCAUUCAUUACGGGUGCGAUAUGCUUGAGAAUGCUCGUGGAGGGAACGCUUAAUGGUUCA